CAACCAUAAGAGGAAGAGGAAGAGGGAGAAGAAUGAUUAAGCUUCAUUUCUUUCUCCUUCAUAUUGUUACUGCAUUUGCUCUUAUUUUCCCACCAUUUUGCAAUGGGAAGGUAAUGAUGGAGUACAUCGGUGCAACCGGCAAACCAGUAACCUUUGACGCGGUCCCAAUCGAACCAAACAUUACCUUUCAUUUCAUCCUCAGCUUCGCCAUCGACGCAGACCCCUCCGGCAACCCCCAAAACGGCACAUUCUCACCCUACUGGGUCCCAACCCUAACCCCAGACUCCAUCGCCGCCAUCAAAUCCACCCACCCAAACGUCAAAGCUCUAGCCUCCCUCUCCGGCUGGAGCCUCCAAAACAAAGUCCUCCGAUGGUACACCCCAUCAAACCCCCAACUCUGGAUCUCCAAUGCCUUCGCUUCCCUCAAAUCCAUCAUCACCACAUACCACCUCGAUGGCAUUGACGUAGACUAUGAAAACUUCCCAAAACACACCGAGAGCUUCGCGUACUGCAUCGGUGAACUCAUCACCCUCUUAAAGAACCAAAGUGUUGUAACCGUGGCGACUAUCGCGCCUUUUUAUUCCACUUCAGCGCCUUACGUGGAUCUUUUUAACCAAUAUGGCAAUGCCAUUGACUAUGUGAAUCAUCAGUUUUAUACUGAUAAGGUCAAAACUCCGCAGGCAUACUUGGAAGCAUUUAGGAAUAGGACGGAGAUGUACGGUAAAGAUAAGGUGUUGCCUAGCUAUGAGGUGGAUGGGAGAGGGAUUCAAGGGGAUGCUUUUUUUGUAGCUUUGGAUCUUUUGGAGGAAAAUGGGUUUGAUGUGAAUGGUGUGAUGAUCUUCUCUGCUGAUGCUUCUGCUUCCGGUGGGUAUUGCUAUGAGAGGAAAUCUCAGGCUUUCUUGCUCAACUCUACGAGUAGUGCUUGAUUUGGUUUCUUUCACGCUUGUAAUAGGUUCAAUUAAAACCUAUAUUGGCCCUGUUUGACAUGUUUUUAAAUUUUUUUUUUUGAGCUAAAAUAGUUAAUAAGAUAAAAUGUCAUAUUUAAUUCAAAAUUAUUUUAUUUUUCUCUUACAAUCGUCAAAUCAAGUAAAAAAAAUCAAUAAUCUUUCCACACCUAUGUAAUAGCAGUGCUUGAGAGUGGUUAUUGUCUUUGGAGAAUAGUAUUUUAUGUAAUGAG